AUGGAUCCAGAAGUGGUUGAUGCACAAGUUCCAGUUGUAGCAGACCUGGAGAACAAGGGAGAAAACACCACCAGUGCCGGUUUCCCAAAUGGAAAUGUCGAAAAUGAAAAGACAGAACAACUAGUUGCAUCUUUGGAAAAUGGUGUCGAGAAGGCGUACGCUGCCCUACAACAGUCUGCAGCUACCAAUUUGGCCAAACUUCAAGGUAUUGUUGGUCAGGUGCAUGUUAAUGUGCCAGUUCCAAAACUGGAUAAUAGUGGAGAGCUUCUCUCAAAGGCAAGCGAACGUACAAACCAAGUGUUGGAUAGUAUCGAUGAGGAUCUAGAGAAGUUGGAGAACCUGACUUUGGAUUAUGCCCAACAAAUAGGUAAAUCCAUCGGUUCCUUCAUCAAUACCAGCAAGACAGAGGUUGCUAAAGAGUCUCGUUGGGGGUGGUUAUCGGGUCUUGUAGGUGGAGGCGAAGGGGGCGGUGAUGAUACUCGAGUUAGUACCGGUGAUACCAACGGGGAAAAGACGGCAAAGGUUGGUUCUGUUGCUUCCCAAGGAAAGGACGGUAAGCUCUUGUUUCUACUACCAAGUGGCAUUUUGCCUGGAACGAGAGCAGAGACACAAAUGCAUGAACUUCAGAGUGAUGCCACCUUCUACAUCCAGGCAGAUAAGGACGGCGAGUUUGCUGAGUACAAACUAACUGAGGAAGACGAAGCUGAAAGGGAGAAACUCGGUGGCAACCAGUCACUUCAUCUGAUGGCGACGUUCAAUGACGUGGUCACCAGCAAAAAGGUCCUCACUGAGUCCAAGUUUUGGCAGAUCUACUUUGGGCGUAAGCAGGCCAUCAUUGAUGCUGAUCAACGCCGUAGAGAACUUAUUCAGGAUAAGAGUGACGUUCGUGAAACUGGAGUAGCGGAUACCGACAACACCAACACAAAGGAAGGGCAGGCAGGACACGCAGGACACGCAGCCCAAGGCUCUGUAAGUGAGAGUGGGAAUGCUGGUACUGCUGGCGAUGAUGAUGAUGACGAGAACUUUGAUUGGGAUGAGUAG